ACUUAGAAAAUGUUUUUGGAUGUCUUAACCUUCAUCUUCAAGUCCUUUGAUUUCUUGGUUGGAUCCAUUAAUGUUUCUGAUUAGUUAUGCUUAUACCAUUUACUUGUUUCAUCAUAGUUUGAUUUUCUAUUGAUGAGCUCUACUUGGUUGAGACCAUUCUUUGAUUUGAAUUGGAAUUGCUGCCUUUAUGUUCUAAUCUGUCACUUGUUUCUUCUCAUCUGUAUUUCCAAUUUUGAAAGGCAAACUAAAGUAUUUCCAAAUAAAAGAAAAAAUAGAGGGAAUUCGGAAAAAAUUAGUUCUCUUCGAUGUCAGGCAAUUUUCCAGGCUGUAGAACACGUGGAGAAAAUGGGGACACGUGGCUUUACUGGAAUUUUAUCCUUCCUGAGAAGUGCCUUUUUAAUCCCUCGUUUGCAUCGCAAACCUAAAUCUGAAGUGCCUCUCUCACAAAACAGGCAGAGGGAGAAUUUUCUUAGCCUUGUUGAAGGAAAAAACUAUUUACCAGUAUGGCAGACGAAAAUUCAUCGAAGCCGGUUCCUGAGCACUGGAAACUGGUUGCCGAGAAGAAACGCAAUGGGUCUGAAAUUUUGGUCUACACAUGUCAGGAGACUGGGCAGAAGUUCUACACUUACGAAGAUUUGAUGCGCUAUGUGAAGUAUGCCAAGUCAGCUAAGCUUGGUGUCUAUUCACCUUAUUUUGACCAACAGAGCAGCAACUCGAAGAAAACAGCUGGCUCAUCUUAUGUUGAUGAGAGUGACAAUGAAAGCUCAGGCUCUAAAUAUUCUGAUCCCGACCUGCCUCACAUUGCUAGCCUUGAGCUUGUGCCAGCUGAUAAGAAAGCAAGCAUGGACAAGCAUUCUGGGUCAGAAGAAAAGACCAGACUCGAGGAGGAGACUUCAUGUUCAUCUGAGGCAAGCACGACACAAGACAAUAAGAAGAAAAAGAAAAAGAAGAACAAGAACAAGAACAAGAAUAAGAAGCAUAAGAGAAACUGAAGUGAACUAUUAUCAAGUGGCAACACUGUUGCCUUCGCUAUUUAUCAGACUGUUUUGUGUUAUGCUGUUUGUUGUAAUGGCAAACUUGGUGCCUGCUUUACAGUUAUCUUGUUUAAGGUUUAAUUAUUAAGACAUUUUUUCAACUAUGGUUUAAGCUUGGUGGAAUUAUGAUAAUGAAGUUGCUUCCUUUAU